AGGUGGCACUGGCCUGAAGGUCUGUUUGGGAGACGUUGGAACCUGUCAGGAACGCGGCGGCUCGAACGUCUACAGCUAAUCUCAACUGGAGGAAGUUUCCUCGUUUCUACUAUUCUGCAGCCAAGGAAGAGCAGUGUUAGCUUUCUCUCAAUAGAGCUUUUGACAAGGUCCCACAUGGGAGAAUGAUAACAAAGAAAUGCCGAAGAAUGUUGGCAGAAAACCAGAAUCUGAAUCUGAGAGAGAGGACGCUGACACCUGCAAAAGAGUCAAGUUAGAUCCAGAUGUUUCUGGCCCAGUUUUUGACUUCAAAAGCCCAGCCACCUUGUUUGAGAGUCUGAUCUCUCCUAUUGGAAGUAAAGAGUUCUUCGGUGAAUAUUGGGAACAGAAACCUCUUCUAGUUCAGAAGAAUAACCCUUCAGUAGCUACUUACUAUCAGUCAUUAUUUAAGUUUGAUGAUUUAAAGGAAAUCUGCAGAAAUGAUGUAUUUUACGGAAGAGAUGUUAACUUUUGUCGAUGUAUAAGUGGGAAAAAGAAGGUUUUAAAUAAAGAUGGAAAAGUAAAUUAUACGCAGUUAAAGAAAGACUUUGAACAGAAGAAAGCUACAAUACAAUUUCACCAGCCACAGAGAUUCAAGGAUGAAUUGUGGAAGAUCCAGGAAAAAUUGGAAUGUUUCUUUGGAUCAUUAGUUGGAUCUAAUGUUUACAUCACACCAGAAGGUUCUCAAGGUCUGCCACCCCAUUAUGAUGAUGUUGAGGUGUUUAUUCUGCAAUUGGAGGGAGAAAAACACUGGCGACUCUACAAACCCACAAAACCUUUAGCUCGGGAAUACAGCACAGAACCUGAAGAUCGGAUUGGAAAUCCAACCCAUGAAUUUACAUUAAAGCCAGGUGAUUUGUUAUAUUUUCCCAGAGGAACAAUACACCAAGCAGAUACUCCAACAGGAGGCUCACAUUCUACCCACAUUACAAUAAGCACCUAUCAAAACAAUACAUGGGGAGAUUAUCUGCUUGAUGUAAUUCCUUGGCUUGUAUAUGAUACAAUGAAAGAAGACAUUGAACUAUCCAGAGGCCUGCCUAGGCAAUAUCUUAUGCAGAUGUGUUCAUCAGCUGAUUCAGCAAGGAAACUGAGUGGAUUCCUGCGAGGGUUGGCAGAUCAACUAGAGAAUGGAAAAGAAACUAGAUCAUCUGAAAUGAGAAAAGAUUUUAUUUUAAACCGAUUACCUCCAUAUAUGGGCAACACUUCAGAUUGUUUGACACAAGCUGGAAAACUGCCUAAACUCAAUGAUCAGAUCCAAUUAAGAUUUAAAGACCAUACUCUGAUUUUGGUGGAACUUGAUCAAGAAAGGACGGAUGAAUCUCGAGAUAUGAUGGUGUAUGUAUAUCAUUCUCUGAAAAAUAGCAGAGAGAACCACAUGAUGGGAGUUGAGGAUAAUGAAGAAGAAGAAAGUUUUCGGGCUCACGGUUUGAGAUUUUCAUGGUCUCAUUUGGAGGCACUGAAACAACUUUGGACAGGUGACACUGUUCCUGUGAAUGAUCUCAAACUGGACUCGGAUAAAGCUAAAGAGAAUCUUGCAUUGUGUUUGUGGACAGAAAAUUUAAUUGAAGUGAGCUAAGUAAACUAUGUUUAGAGUUAGCUCAUCAUUUGAGUGCCUUUUGCGGUUCUAUAUUACAAUAAAACCAUAGAACUGAAAAAUGUCUGCUUUAUGGCGUAUUCAUCUUACUACAUAGAUAUUUAGUACUUGCAAAAAAUUCUAAAUGUCUUAUAGGAAAUAAAACUUAUUAUAAUAGACUUAUAUUUUCAUGUCACAAGAUAUUGCACAUAUUCAGUAUUUUUUUGUCAUUUUCAGUAUCAGAGCAAAUAUGAUUCUCUAGGGAUACCCUCUCCAUCCUCACAAACAAAAUGACCUUUUAUUGUAAAAAUUCCUUCAUAUGCAUUUUUUAAAAAGCUUUCUCACCCUUUUUUUAAAAAAAACAUUACAUAUGUGGAUAAAUAUAUAUGUUUUGCAACCCAGCUUUAUUUCCUGGGUUUCCUUUAAGAUCAAUAAUCUUCCAGGUACCUGCUAAGUAUGGCAAUUAAUGAGCAGAACUAACCAAAAGAUAUUUGGAUAGAUUUUAAAAAUAAACCUAAAAAUCUCAAGCUAUAGUGCCAAGAGCAUUUUUUCAUGAAAAAAGCACCAUUGUAAUAAACAAAUUUACUGAAUAUUUAUUUAAGACAUACUACAUAGAUCUGAUUCAGUUGGUAAUGUUACACUAAUACAGCCAAACUGUAGUAUGUAGCUGUAAAACUGUGUGCAUUGCUAACCUUUCCUUAUCUUUGUUAUUUAUCUAGAUGCUGAAAUAGUAAACCUAAUAAUGUAUCAUACCUUUGGUAUGUUUGGAAUAUGUGUAUGUUUUGAAGAUGAUUAAAUGUUUAAAGAACCUGUUUCUCAAGAUUGACACACCUGAAUUAAAGAAGAAUUCUGAAGCACUAGAGCAAAUAAUAUUUAAACAAAAUUGACACUUUUCUCAAAACUUGUUAAAGUAAGAUAUCUAUCCUUUAUGAUCUAAUUCAACAAUGCAUUUCAAGGUGGAUGACCACUAAUUGAAGCUUCGAUAAAACUUUUUUUUCCUCUCAUUGUUAGUUCAUUUAUUUUUAGCUACAAACUUUGGAGCGCACAGUUUCUGCAAAAGAUUGAGGAUGGGGGAAGGGGGCAGAAUACAGGCACUGAGGUCAUCAGAUUUCUUCCAACUGUGGCCAGGCAAAGCACAUGCCAUUAAUAUUGUAUCUGUAGAAUUAUAUACCUUUUAUGCAUUUGUUGAUCUGUUAUUUCUGUUUUUGUUUUAAUAAAAAAAUUACUAUA